AUGGCCGAGCAAAACGAAGGAAUCCAAACUGUACAAAAUCCUGAUGUCGUCCAAAAAUACCAAAUGGCGGCAGAACUUUCGAAUCGCGUGCUUAAGUUGGUUAUUGAUUCCGCUGUAGAUGGUGCAAGAAUAUUGGAUCUUUGUGCAUUAGGUGAUAAAUCAAUAGAAGAUGGUGUGAAAAAUCUUUUUGCGAAAGCUAAAAAUAUCUCCAAAGGAAUUGCUUUUCCAACUUGCGUUUCCGUCAAUCAUAUUAUCUGUCAUUUUUCUCCGUUAUCAUCUGACCCUGAAGGAUCUGAUGUAUUGAAAAAUGGUGAUUUAGCAAAAAUUCAAUUAGGUGCUCAAAUUGAUGGUUAUGCUUCAAUCGUGGCCACUACUAUUGUUGUUGGUGCAUCUAAAGACAAACCUGUCAAGGGUAAAUUAGCCGAUGUCAUAACCGCUGCUCAUUUGGCAUCGGAGGCUGCCUUGAGGUUAGUAAAACCUGGUUUAUCCAAUAACAAAGUAACCGAAACGAUACAAAAGAUUGCUAAAUCUUUUGAUACAAAUUCUGUUGAAGGUAAUAAUUUAAAAUUACUAAGUGAAUGCGAAAGAAAUGAUAUUGAGGGUAAAAAACAAAUUAUUCUCAAUCCGAAUGAAGCUCAAAAACGCGACUUUGAAACUGUACAAUUCGGCGAGAAUGAAGUAUAUGGUAUUGAUAUCUUGAUCUCAACUGGGGAAGGAAAA